AUGUUGAUCGACAACGUGAAGUACCUGGGGUGCUGGACGGACGAUUUCUUGCUGAUGAAUCUCGAAGAGAUGCGACUAGAAGUUGGCUGCCGCCAACUCCUCAUCAGGGGAUGUUUGCUAGUGGAUGUCCUCAAGGGACAUACGCUACCUUUGCGGCGUCUCCUGAGGCGAACAUGGCAGUUGGUGCAGCUGGCAAAGACUAUGGGCGCUAUGGGCGCUGCUGCGGGCUUGGCGUCGGGCGCGGCUGAGAGUUCUUCUACCUGGGGCCCGACGACUUUUCCCACUACCUUCGCGCCGACUCCCCCAUGGCCUUUCGCGCCGGCUAUGUCUUCAGGAUGGCCACCUCCGGGGCAUGGCGGACCUUCGCUAACUUCGACGACUCCGCCGCCUAGAACAUGGAGCACAUCCGGAGACGUUCGAGAUGCCGCAUCUCCCAACGUUGGUCGAGCACCUGUACCUAGUGGUGUUCAGAGCGCUUCAGAGGCAACGGCGCGUCUGGAUCAGAAGGCGUCAGAAGAGGCGCCGCGACAAUUGGAGAGUGCCUUUGAAGUUUUGGGAAUGAAGCCACCUCCCUCGGUGGCGACUCGUCAAGGUCCUGAUCAAGCAGAACGUUUCAUAGCAGCGUUGACCGGCGAGAAAAGGUCCAUUCCAUCAUGGUCUGGUCAACCGGGUACUUUGAGGACGUGGCUGAAAUUGCUGGCGCAUUGGGAAGCAGAGACUGCUGUGGGCAAAGAGAAAUGGGGGAUCAGGCUUUAUCAGUCUUUUCCAGAGUCUUCCGAGCCGAGGAAGUUUGCGGACCAGAUUCCCUUGGAGAAGGUCUUGAGUCCCGCCGGGUACGGCAUGAUACUCACCGUGAUCAUGAAUAAGUACAAGCCUUUCUUGGAUGUGGCAGGACCGACAGCGGUGGACAAGUACUUCUUCACGGGCGAAAGACAGAAAGGACAAUCGUUCGCCACGUAUAUCGCCCAAAAAGAGACCUCAAGACAAGACAUGGAAAGCCAUUUGGGCGAGCGCCUCAACGACAAGGUGGCAGGACGUAUUCUACUUCGGCAUGCGCAGUUGUCAGAAUUUCAGAGAGAGCUGGUGGCACUGCGUGACAUGAACUGUCUCAUGGGAUUCGAGGAAGUAGCCCGACUUCUUCGACCUCUGGACCGUCCUGAUCUCAUUGCCCAAGCAGCAAGUGCUGAGCUGGGUGGUGGACAAGCUGCCAAGCAUUACCCAGUAAUGAACCAAGCAGAAGAAGAAGAUUUCAGUCAUGAGGACGACGAAGACUACGAGUACCAUGAAGAUGAUGAUGAAGAGGACGAAAUGGCGGAGCUGGAGGACGGCGAGAUGCUCUAUGAAGACAAGGAGUUUGAGGAGGACGAGGCAAUCUUCCUGCAAGCGUACCACACCGCAUACACCGAUGUGCGGCGGGACAUGCAAGCACGGAGAAAAGAGCGAGGAUUCAUCCGCCAUGGGAGAACCGCGUCAAAAGGAAAGGGCAAACGUGGACGUUCUCGAGAAGGCAAAGGUGGACGACGACGUGAAGGUAAAGGACGAACGUCUUCAAGUCGAAUGGUGCGAGGCUCGAAGGAGGACUUGGCUGCCCGAACCAAGUGCUAUAACUGCCGGGAGCUGGGCCAUAUGGCACGAGAUUGUCCAUUGAAAGGCAGCGGCAAGGGACAAGGGAGACAAGUGAACUUCGUCGUUUGCCGCGGCAGCGCCACUACGACCUCCACCUUCAUGACCAACAACACGACCUCGGUCCCCUUGGAAUCUCCAGUGAACCGGCAGGUGCACAUCUACGCAGGAGUGUCGGUGAAGCCUCACGAAGCUCUGGUGGACACAGCGGCGGAAGAUGCAGUCAUUGGAGAUCGCGCCUUGGCUGUCAUGGAGAAGGAGUUAGCACUUCAUGGUCUACAAGUACGCAAAGUGGAUCAAGGUGUCGCUCCUUGUGCAGGCAUUGGUGGUGCAGCGCACCCCAAGUAUAUGGUGGAUGUGCCCACUUCGAUGCUCGGCAUUCUGGGCUUAGUCUGA